AUGUCAAAUACAAAUAUAAAUGUACAAUCAUCAACCCCAAAGAAAAGUUUAGGGUCAUCACAAUACUCACUUGCUGGUUCAUCAAGUAGUAACCUAAAUAAUAUUAAUAAUAAUAAUAACAACAACAACAAUAAUAAUAAUAAUAGUACUGGACAAGAAAAUAGUAUUGAUGAUAGUGGAAGUUCAUCAUUUGUAAACUUUCCAGCAUCAGAAUGGUUAUCUAAAGCAAUGCAUAAACAUCCAGAUAUAUUAGAACUUCGUGAAAGAACUAGACCAAUCACACAAGUUAAAUCAUAUUCUAGAAAUAAACGAUCAAGUAAAACCGAAGCAUCACAUUCAAUCAAUGAUACAAUGUUAUUGAAAUUGAUUAUGCAAUAUUUUCACGAAGAGAAUUUAACCACAUCAUUAAAAAAGAUUCAAGAGGAAACUAAAGUUCAAUUCACACCAAACGAAGUUGAUAAAGAUUCAUUAGAGAAUUUACUCAGAAUUGGUAUAAAGGAUACCAAUUGGUUUGGACCAUUGGAAGAUAUAGAGGAUGCAGAUCCAGAGGUUGAAACUUACCAUUCCUAUAUCUCUGAAGAUUCUCUAAAUGAAAAUGGUUUAGAAGGUGAAGGUAACCUAAUUGAAGAUCGUUAUGAUGAAUCUCAAAUAAGUAGAAAUCCUGAUGGUACAAUUAAAGCUGCAACAUUUAAUAGAUUAUUAUUAUGGUUAAUUGGUAAUUUUAAUGGUCCUGAUGUAAAUGAAUUUAAAAAAAUAUUCUUUUUAACAUAUCCAUCAUUUACAACAGCGGAAGCAAUAUUAAAUAAAUUUACACAAAUCUAUCAAUUAUUUGAUAAUAUUGAAUCAGCUCAAGUAAUUUGUUUUAUUAGAUUUUGGAUCGAACAACAUCCAACAGAUUUCAAUGAAAAACUAUUAGCAAUUUUAAAUAAUUUUAUUGAACAUCAAGUUGCAGCUUCACAUGCUAAACAAUUACGUGCAGUUAUUAAUCUUAAAAUUGAAAAUUAUAAAGAAGCUAGAAAAGAAAUUAAAGAUCCACCAGAACCAAAAGUACCAAAAAAUAUAUUUUCACCAACUUUAACAUUUGAUGAUAUUGAUGAGGAAGAGAUAGCAAGACAGUUAUGUUGUAUUGAUUUUGCAUUGUAUGAAUUGAUUAAACCAUCAGAAUUUUUAAUCAAGGGUUGGACCAAACCACAAUAUAGAAAUAAGGCAGUGAAUCUAUUGAAUAUGAUGAGAAGAUUCAAUGAUUUCACUAAAUGGAUAGCAGCAUCGAUUUUAAAUGAACAAAAUUCAAAGGGUCGUUCGAAAUUAUUGGGUAGAUUUUUAAAGAUUUCCGAACAUUUACGAGCAAAUAAUAAUUUCCAUUCAUUGAUGGCAAUUUAUGGUGGCAUUAAUAACACUCAUGUUUUUAGAACCAAGGCAAUUCGUAAGGAUCUCUCUAGACAGCAACAAGAGACCUAUGCAGAGUUGGAGAAAUUGUUUGCAAGUGAGAAUAGUUUUAGAAAUUAUAGAAUAGCUUACAAGGAUGCUAAACCACCUUGUAUCCCUUUCCUUGGUAUUCAUUUACGUGAUUUGGCAUUUGUCGAUGAAUCAAAUCCCGAUAGAAUUAAUAAUCUCUUAAAUUUAAACAAACGUCGUGUCAUUUGGAGAGUCAUCGUCAACACUAUGCGUUAUCAACCAAUUCCUUAUUACUUUUUAAAGGUUCAUCAAAUUUCUUUGUUUUUAACUGAAUUAAAAACUGAAUCCGAACAACCUCAAUUAACUUUAGAUUUAUCUUCUCAUGAUACUGUAUUACCAAGUUCACCAUCUUCAAAAUAA